AUGAUUAUAUACUGCUUUCAGGUGGAUGAUGAGCUGCUACCUUGUACAUCAGAAGAUUGCCACUAUGAAUCAGUGAUUGAUCUUGCUUGGAACAAGGAGUUUAGGAGUAUAGUUGCAAGUGCCAGUUCUGACAAAAAAGUUAAGGUUUGGGAUGUGGCUACAGGGGAAUGUAAGCUCACUAUGGAGCAUCACAUGAAUGAGAAAGAUGGAAGGGACCCUUCACACUCAGGUUUGAAAUGGUUUACCAAGGGUGAAGUCGAAAGCUUGGCCUGGGUGAACCUCCAAGAUGGAACUGUGAAAGGCUUUGAUAUACGUGCUUCUGAUUUAUCACCAAGUUUCAUUCUCCAUGCUCAUGAUGCUGAAGUCCCCUCCAUAUCAUACAACAUACAUGCGCCCAAUCUUUUGGCUACAGGAUCUGAGGAUGGAAGUGUGAAACUUUGGGAUCUUUCAAACAAUCAACCAUCAUUGAUCGCUACACACAUGCAUGCCAAUUGCGGGAUAAGUGUUCUCGGUCUCAUUCUCUGCGGACUUCCCCUUCUUAUUCGCUAUUGGUGGCUCAGAGGGGAAGCUAAAAGUGUGGGAUACACUGUCAGAUUCUGGUAUGUCCCAAAGAUAUGGGACAACCCCACCAUGAUGCACGCAGGAGGAUUCUUGUUUUUUGAAAACUAA